CCCGUCAUCCGCGUUAUAGGUAGGCAUGAAGUCGCGUCCGGAAAGCAGCCCUGGCGGGAAGACGCGCUUUCUCGAGGAGCGAGACUGGAGUCCUCAGUGCUGAGUGUCAGUCCACCUCUCACUAGGGAGGCUGCCGGGAGGAAGAGGCCAAGGCACCGCGCUCUUUUCCCCAUAUUCCAACACUGAGUUUUUGGGAUCGAGGCUCGGUUACAUCUUCUGUGAAGCGAGGACUGAAACUACAAGAUGUCUGACCAGGACCCUGGGGGCAUUAGCCCCCUCCAGCAGAUGGUGGCCUCGGGCACUGGGGCUGUGGUUACCUCCAUCUUCAUGACACCCCUAGACGUGGUCAAGGUCCGCUUGCAGUCACAGCGCCCCUCAGUGACCACCCCCUCUUUGACCAGCGAGUUGAUACCACCUACCAGACUCUGGAGCCUGUCUCACACCAAAUGGAAGUGCUUCCUGUACUGCAAUGGAGUCCUAGAGCCACUGUACUUGUGUCCGAAUGGUACCCGCUGUGCCACCUGGUUUCAGGAUCCCACUCGCUUCACUGGCACCAUGGAUGCCUUUGUGAAGAUUGUGAGGCAUGAGGGUGCCAGGACCCUGUGGAGCGGGCUCCCAGCCACCCUGGUGAUGACCGUGCCAGCCACUGCCAUCUAUUUCACCGCCUAUGACCAGCUCAAGGCCUUCUUGUGUGCCCGUGCCCUGACCUCUGACCUCUAUGCACCUAUGAUGGCCGGUGUCCUGGCCCGCUUGGGCACUGUGACUGUAGUAAGCCCCCUGGAACUGGUACGGACGAAGCUGCAGGCUCAGCACGUAUCCUACCGGGAGUUGGGCACCUGUGUCCGGGCUGCUGUGGCUCAGGGCGGGUGGCGUUCACUGUGGCUAGGCUGGGGCCCCACUGCCCUUCGGGAUGUGCCCUUCUCAGCCCUGUACUGGUUUAACUAUGAGCUGGUGAAGACCUGGCUUAGUGGACACAGGCCAAUGGACCAGACAUCUGUAGGCGUCAGUUUUGUGGCUGGUGGCAUCUCAGGGACGGUGGCGGCCAUCCUGACCCUCCCCUUUGAUGUGGUGAAGACACAGCGCCAAGUGGCACUGGGAGCGAUGGAGGCUGUGAGAGUGAAGUCCCCGCGUGCUGACUCCACCUGGCUGCUAUUGCGUAGGAUCCAGGCUGAGUCGGGCACCAGGGGUCUCUUUGCAGGCUUUCUCCCGAGGAUCAUCAAGGCUGCCCCCUCCUGUGCCAUCAUGAUCAGCACUUACGAAUUUGGCAAAAACUUCUUUCAGAGGCUCAACCGGGAACAGUCUCUGGACUCUUGAAAGGGUUGAGGGGAUGAGGGACCCCAUCUCUCCCAUGGAUGGGGUGGGGCAGAAGGAAGACUGAGCCAAGUGCCUUUUUCUCAGCACAGAGGAGAGAGGCCUUCUUUCCCCUUCCUUUCACUCUGAGCCCCAGGCACAAGGGGAUGCCCUUCUGGGUCCACUCAGGCUCUCCUCAGCUUUCUUCCUGCUGCUCCCCAUUCCUGAGUCCCAAGGAUCCUAUCACUUUUCUACCCCCCAGCCCCUGGUUCAAGACCAAAUCUGACUUUAUCCCCAUCCUCUGCCACUUGCCUGUGAUACUUGCUGUAGCCGGGUCCUGUCAUUCUUCACCCAUCCGUGUAAUCCCUUGAGUUAAAGAUGAUGAACUGC